AUGGUUGUCAAUGAAACCAAUGAAGUGGUUGAACCAGAACUGAGUACGUCAAGCUCAAGCUCAGAAAGCGAUAAUUCUGAAGACGAAAAAGGACUUCUAUGUCUAUUCAUCCAGGAAGAAAGUGACGACAACUUAUGUCUGAUGGCGAAAGAUGACGAGGUAGUUUUUCAAUCCUCUUCAUCUACCCAAGUUGAAUCUUGUUCAGAAAGUGAGGAAACUUGCGUUGAUACGGAUAUGAAACUGAUGGGGGACUUCAAGAAGCAACCUCUUGAUACAAUAAGGGCACACUUGUACCGUAAUGGAGUGGAUGGAACGUAUGUGUCAUGGAUAUGGCACGGGGAGAAGGCUACAUUAAACAACUCAAUAGAUGAUACUGAUCAUCUUAAGGGAGAGGAACAUAAGCUUGUUGAUGAAAACCCUAUAGAUAUGGUAAAUGAUGCUUAUGAUGAAUACGUUAAGGAUCCCAACAAAUUUAGUAAAUUACUUGAAGAUGCAGAGAAACCGCUAUACGCUGGAUGUACUACGUUUACAAAACUAUCAGCGGUAGUGAAGUUAUAUAACUUGAAGGUAAAAUACAGUUGGAGCGACGCAAGUUUUACGGACCUUCUAGAUUUGUUUGCAAAAAUGCUUCCAACUGACAACGUAUUGCCUUCUUCUUUAUAUGAGGCAAAGAGAAGCUUGGUUGCAUUGGGAAUGGACUAUGAGAAAAUACAUGUGUGUCCCAAUGACUGUAUCUUAUAUUGGAAGGAGAAUGCAAAUUGUACUAAUUGCCCUACUUGUGGAACUUCAAGGUGGAAGAUAGGCAAGAAUUCUAAGAUAUCCAUAGGAGUUCCUGCAAAGCGAAAAUUCAUGAUGCUCACUUUGUUGAUUUCUGGUCCUAAACAACCCGGGAAUGACAUUGACGUUUAUUUGGCACCUUUGAUUGACGAUUUGAAAGCCUUGUGGGAAGAAGGUAUAGAAGCAUACUAUGCAUACCGACAAGAAAGAUUCAUCCUUAAAGCUGUUUUACUAUGGACGAUCAAUGAUUUCCCAACAUAUGGGAACUUAUCAAGUUGCACUGUCAAAGGAUAUCAUGCAUGUCCUAUCUGUGGUGAGAAUACAUAUGCCAAGAGGUUGAAGCAUAGUAAGAAAAUGACAUUCACAAGACAUAGAAGAUUUUUAUGUAAAACGCAUCCUUAUCGAAGACAAAAGAAGGCAUUUGAUGGUAAGAAAGAAUUCGACUUAGCACCAAAACCAUUGAGUGGCUAUGAUGUUCUCAAAACAGUUGAGGGGAUCAAUUGUUGUUGGGAAAAAAAUAGUGGCAAGCUAAAUGCUAAAAGAAAAAAUAGUGAAUCAUGUUGGAAAAAGAAAUCAAUUUUCUUUGAGCUUGAGUAUUGGAAGCAUUUGCAUGUUUGGUAUGUUCUUGAUGUCAUGCACAUUGAGAAAAAUGUGUGCGAAAGUAUUAUUGGCAUAUUACUUGACAUCCCAGGAAAAACCAAAGGUGGUGAUGCGAUCCUGGUUGGCCCAAUCUUCUCUUCACACUCUGACUAA